AUGGAACCCUUCUCCUUCGCCACCUCAGAGUCGCUACAUCACCCCGUCAGUAUCCGCAUAAUAAACUUAGAAGGCGACGAACCUCCUUUACCACCAUCUACCCAGUUCGAAAACGCAGAGCUUCGACAUGUCGGCUCUAACUCGAGUCCGCACUCGGAUCUCUAUGUAACGGCCCAGGUGUGGGCAGGCUCCAAGCCUCUGACAGUUCCGGUCCAGACAGCAUACAAGUCGUUUCGCACAGAACGGAGAUGGAACGAAUGGCUCACGCUCCCAAUCAAUUAUUCUGCCCUCCCACUCAACUCCUGUCUCGCCAUUACUCUAUGGGAUUCGUCUCCUGCCGGGGGAAAGGACGCCGAAGGCCUCGCCAUCCCCUUUGGAGGCACCACCUUGCCCCUGUUCGACCGAGACAACCAGGUUCAGAAAGGACGUCAGAAAUGCCACGUCCACAGACGCAAAAUCGCCGACGGUCACGAUAAAACCACGACACCAGCGGUCAUAAGGAGAAGAACAAGGAGUCAUGGGAAGAGAGGCGAACAAGCACCUCUCGGUAAGGAUGCCGAAGAGAUGGAAAGACUGGAGGGCCUUUUCAAGAAACACGAAAUGGGGGAGAUUCCCCGCGUCGACUGGCUGGACCAGCUCGUCUUCAGGACUGUCGAGAGGCGCGGCCUACAAUCAGCCAAAGGAUCCCAUCGGACCUUACAACGCCGCCAGGGCGCCCAAGACUCCGCCGCAGAGAAGGACGGGGCAAACGGCGGAUCCCCGGACCCGGAGUCCUAUCAUCGGUCACUAUAUCAACUCAACGUCGAGCUGCCUCGGUUCGACUUCCCCGUCGUCUUCGCAGACUUGGAAUACCCGCCACCUCCCAUCUCGUCGCUUCAGAACAUGUCUGGUUCCCAGUCCAACGUGGCCCUCAAACCCCCACCAGAAGUCCAGUUUGGCCCCGGGAUCAACAGCCUUGACAACUCUUCGGCCGGCUUCGGGAGCCGUCUGGUAAAAGUGUACGACCCUGAGGUAGGGGCGAAAGACAACCCGGCAGAGGCGAAACACCGCCGACUGGUGCGCAGCCAGCAUCGUCACGGUGUCUUGGAUAAGGACCUCAAACCCAAUGCCAAGGUCCGGGACGAGCUGAACGUCAUCAUGUCUUAUUCGCCAAACCAUAUCCUGAACACAGAGGAGAAGGACCUCGUCUGGAAAUUCCGGUAUCAUCUCACGCGGGACAAGAGAGCUGUCACCAAGUUCGUCAAGUCCGUCAACUGGCACGACCCUAGCGAACGUAAGCAGGCCGAGCAGGUCUUGGCCCGGUGGACGGAGAUCGACGUCGACGACGCCCUCGAACUUUUAGGCCCUACCUUUGACAGCCAGGUUGUCCGAGCUUACGCCGUCGAACGCUUGCGCAAGGCCGACGACCAUGAGCUUCUGCUCUACCUACUUCAGCUGGUCCAGGCGCUCAAGUACGAGCACAUAUCCCCCGAUUCGACUCAAGAUGCCACUCGGGAUUCCUCGCUGGCCAGGUUCUUGAUAGCGCGCGCCGCCGCAAACUUUACUCUGGGGAACUAUUUUCACUGGUACCUGAUGGUCGAGUGCGACGACAACAGCCCCGAACAGGGGACCCAGAACCGUGAGAUGUACCGGAAAGUCGCGUACGACUUCAUGACCGAACUGGUCAAGCAGCCGGACGGUGCCGAGACGAGAGGGACGCUUCUCCGCCAAGCAGAGCUCAUUGCCAUCCUGUCCAGGAUUUCAGGCGAAGUGAAGCUGUCCCACGAGAGCAUCCCUAAGAAGACAGAACGGGUCAAGCGUUUCCUCGCGGAUCCCAAGAACGAGGUGGCUACCAUCGACCCACCACUACCCUUGCCCCUUGACCCGUCUGUCCAUGUCAUCGGCGUCUCGCCCGACGAGACGACGGUGUUCAAAUCAUCGCUCUGUCCGAUCAAGGUCACGUUCCGCACUACCCAAGGCACGACGUACCCCAUCAUAUUCAAGACGGGUGACGACCUGCGUCAGGAUCAGCUGGUCAUCCAGAUAAUAACGCUCAUGGAUCAACUCCUCCAAAAAGAGAACCUCGAUCUGAAGCUCUCUCCUUACAAGAUCCUGGCGACGAGCACGACAGCCGGAGCCUCCCAGUUCGUCCCCUCUGUUAGCUUCCAAAGCAUCCCCUCUGCCCUGGCCUACCUCAAGUCCCAUAGUCCCGACAGCCGCCAGCCACUGGGGUUGCGGCAAGAGACGCUCGACACGUACGUCAAGUCUUGCGCCGGAUACUGCGUCAUCACGUACAUCCUCGGCGUCGGCGACCGCCACCUCGACAACCUGCUCCUGGCCCCCGACGGCCACUUCUUCCACGCCGACUUUGGUUUCAUUCUGGGCCGCGACCCCAAGCCCUUCGCGCCCGUGAUGAAGCUGUCAAAGGAAAUGGUCGACUGCAUGGGGGGCGUCAACUCGGAGCACUUCAAGAUGUUCAAGCAGUACUGCUUCUUAGCAUACGCCGCGCUGCGCAAGUCGUCCAACCUCAUCCUUAACCUGUUUAGCCUCAUGGUUGACGCCAACAUCCCCGACAUCCGCUUCGAGCCCGACAAAGCGGUGCUGAAAGUACGAGAGAGGUUUCACUUGGAGUUGAACGAGGAAGAUGCUAUGCUGUACUUUGACCGCGUUAUCGAGGAUGCUCUUGGUGCCAUUGCCCCCGUGGUCAUCGAUAAGCUCCAUGAAUUGGUACAGGCCUUCCGGGCUUGAGAGGUGGAGUGGCAAAAGGGGGGGGAGGCAGCGGUGUUUCGGGGGGUUUCCUGGGUGGGAAUAUAUUUUGGGUUGCAAGCGAUAGUCUCGCCUGGUUAUAGCGUUGUGGACCGUCUAGUCCAGGCUGACGGCGUUGGGGUUAUGGGGAGCUACCAUUGAGCAGGAUGUUUCAUAAGUAACGCCUAACUCCUUGGCCGAAUAAUGAUUACAUUGUUUAUGCGCGCUCCUCAUUCUCUUUAGGCUCAGAUACGAGGAUCCGGAAACUUGACAGAAAAUGAAAUGGAUACAAGUAAAGACGGAAAAAUGGUAUGGAUCCUUUGUUUGCCCUUUACAUCAGUAUUUUGGAUAUAUUCAAGAAAAGAAG